AUGACUGAUCGUGACAGGCUGGAAGCCGACCAGGAUCACCGGGUGUACACAGUCCCGUCCCCUACAGGUCAUCCAGCCCUAACCUGCUGCAGCCAUGAGGAACCCCGGACCCGAAAUAUUGAAGACGACGUCAAAGCGCUCCGCGAAAGUAUACAACGCCUGGAGAACCAAUACAAUCAGAAAAUGUGGGCCCACGUCAGAGCGUUGACUGACUAUAUCACGGAGCACUUUGACGGGGCAAGCACAGCCGUUACUGCAGCGCCGUGA